AUGCCCAGGGCCUCUUCAACGAUCUUUCCUCCCGCAUUGCAUGGCUCCAGCACCUCUCGAUCGUGGCCAGCGUCCUCGGACCUGACAGAGUCGCUCCCGACGGUAACGAUCGCCUUGGUACGGACUCAAACUGUGCAUACGACCUGGAUCUACUCUAGAGAAGUGGUGACUACCCUGCCUGAGACUUCGUCAACUUCCGACCCUGCCACUGUGCUGUCACGAAGGCCGUUGGAAGAUCUCCUUGUUUCUAGCACACCCGGAACAUCGCUGCUGUCAUUGUGGCACUUGGAUGCCCACUCGAGCGCCCACGAAGAUCUGCCCGUGCCUUUCGCUGGCUCGAGCACUGCUAGCCUGCGCUCAUCAUUACCCACUUCGUCCCAGUCAAGUCGCACGAUGAGCACUACAACGAAUGUCGUGCAAAUAGCCACAGCGACCAACACCCCGUCGUAUUAUCAAUCGACCUCGCCAUUCGUUGGAAUACCAUCGAGCACGACUGGGCCCUCGAAAGACUCGCCAGCGCACACUCAAGACCAACACUCGCCGAAUGUUGGGGUCAUUAUCGGAAGCGUCGUUGGCGGCGUGGUCUUUAUCGCAUUCGCUCUUCUAGCAUGCUUCCUGCUCUUUCGUCGCAGACGACGAGCUUCCCUUCAAAGACAGCGCCAGAGCAGUAGGCAGGGACUACUGCGCAGUGGCGGCUCGAUAAGCUCGAUUCAAGGAUACCAUCAUCGCCAGUAUUCGCAUCCACUCUUCCCCCUGGAGCGCUCCCAUUCCAUUCCCACACCACCAGCUUUCUCCGCCUCUCGCCAGUUUUCUAACCCUUUCGAGGACCGCUACACUGUCCCUCCCAUGCCGGGGUCGAACCCUGAUCUCUCCCUCGACGCGCUCUAUCUCCGAGGGGAACCAACUCGCCCCUGGAGCCACUACACUGACGACCCUUUCGAGGACCCUGAAAACAGCUCUGCCUCCCCGCUUAUUGAGCUCUCUCCUCCAUCACGAACGCUUUCUACUCACUCGCAGUCGUCUUGGGAGGGAGGACUCCAGCUGCUGGAGUAUUAUGAUACUCCCUCUCGGGGUUCUCAUUACGACAACUAUUACUUCGAGGAUAACGCUCUUACUCUCCCGAGCCAAAACAGUCAGGCUCAAAACCGAGGCUUUCUGUUCCCAUCCAAGUACCUUGAUACACCCAUGAUGCGGGACAGUGCCCGCAGCGACCCGUUCGAUCUGGAGCCGCCUCCAAAUGCGGUGCACAGAAGGCCUCCAGUUCCUCUUCCAACGCCCUGGGGAAUCAAGUUUUAG